AUGGAGGUGACCACCAUGUCCCCAUCUCCUGCCUCACCCAUUGAAGUAGAUGAUGUGUGUGAGACAGAUGUCAGCAGCGUGUCCAUACACAGUGUGACACUGCUCAUCUGCCUCUGUGGGCUGGCUGGGAACGGGGCUGUCAUCGGCCUCCUCAACCUGAAAAAAAGCAGGAACGCUGGCAUCUUUGACCUGGCUGUCAUGGACUUCCUCUUUCUCCUCUUUGCGGUCCCCUCUGCCCUCCUGAUCCUGGUGGAGGACGUGUCCUGCUCUCUUAUGAUGCCUUUCAUGUAUGUGAAUUUCCUUUUCCAGCUGUCAGUGGUCUCCCACUGCUGGGCACUGCUCUGGCUGAUGCGCAGCAACAAGGUGCUGUACAUGGGAGAGAUCUGGAAGCUCUGCUGCCGCCACGAUCUUCCCAAGCACCUGCUGUGGCUGCUGGACACUGUCCAAUACUGGACCUUCUUUGCUCUCUUCACUGUCAUUCCCUCGGUGACAUUCCUGUGCCCAUCACACCAGCAGGAGCACUGCCGAGCUGCUUUCAUCUCCAUGUACACCCUCAUCCUGCUCUUCUUGGCUGUACCCUUGGUCAUUUCCAGCACAAUUGAUUUAAUUAAUGCCAAGCAGGGCUCCCCGCAGCAGAAGCCCAAGAGGCAUGACAUCGUUAUUGUCAUCACUGUGCUGUUCACUCUCCUCCUCAGCAUGUGGAAUUUCCUGCAGCAGCUCGGUUACAUGGAUGUGCCCUCAGAGGUUGUUUUCCUGCUCGCCUGCAUCCACAGCAGCAUCAAACCCUUUAUCGACUUCUUGAUAGGGAGGUGCAGGAGACCCUGCUCUGUGCAGUCCCUCCAGCUCUCCUUCCAGAGGGUCUUUGAGGAGGCAGAAGAAAACACUGCCCACAGCCGUGAUCCUGCCAUGGACACAGGGGUCUCAGCCUGA